CUACACUCUACUGUUUUGGGAUGGGUGUGGUUUUAUUCACACUGGCUCCGCCCGCCACUGCAUUUUCCCGUGGUGCCAGCCACACCUCCUGCCAGGAAAUGAUUCCCCACCACAUCCGUGCACAUCCCCAGGACCCGCCGCACAGCUACGUCACCCUGCGUGCCUCCGCCUCAUCUUACCUGCCUGGACAGUUCAUCACAGUGACUGUCAGAAGCUCUCGGGACUUUAUGGGUUUCCUGCUCCAGGCUCGCAGUGUGGGCAGAGCCGGAGCUGGAGUUGAGGCCAGGGCCAGCGAUGAAGUUGGAGUAAGAGGAGGUUCCAGGUCCUCAAGAAUUGGCCCAGUGCUGGUGGGUGGUUCCUGGACCUUCACUCCUCCCGGCACCCACACCCUGCGCUGCCUGUCAGAGGGCGACACCCUCACCCACUCUGACAAACAGCUGAAGAGGAACCUUUCGUUUGUGUGGAGAGCUCCUGACGUUCCCAUGGGAGACAUACGGUUCUACAUCACGGUGGUUCAGUCAUACUUUGUGUACUGGGCGGGGAUCAAGUCUGAAGUGGUGCGUGAUGGGAGUCAGAAACUGUGGAAUGGGAGGAAAACCACAGAGAAAGAUGGAGGAACAUUUGCAGAGCAGGAAGAUGAAUGGACUGGUCCGACUGUUUCUACUGCGUCCAUCCCUCCUACACCUCCUCUAGUUCCCACAACAUCUUCUUACUCACUGGGUUCCUCAUAUUCCAUUGACUCAUCCGUCACCCCUUCAUUUUCAGGGUCCCCUCUGUCGACCUCCCCUCACCUAGGACCCUCUCCAGCUCCCCUUCGCUCUCUCUACAACUCCCUCUUACCCUCUCCUUCCCCUAUGCCCUCCCAGAAACUAACACAAGGUGAAAGUUCGAAGAUCCAGAAGCACCUUGUCCCAUCUGAUCCUGAGGCCAACCUCACCCCACCAACACAAAGAACAGUUGUUCACCAAAUCCCGGAUCCCCAUCCAAAGCUCGAUCCAAAUAUCAAACUAAAUCGAGGUGAUGAGUUAAAACCAAACCACCCAAACACUGAUACUAAACAAAAACAUCCUUCUAAUCCCUCUGGAACCCCAGACAAAGAAGGGAAGUAUCCGGACAUUAUCCCCAGACACAGUGCCUGGGAGCUUGGCAUGCUGCUGGGCUGCUCAGCUGGCUUAGGGAUGGUGCUGGUGGUUGUGGUUCGGUACAUGUACCGUCAGGCCUGCGGUAAACGGACGGGGGUGACUCUGAAUGACAGGGAGAGAGAGUACGAGAGAGGGGAGAGAGGGCUGAUCCACGUCCAGGAGUGUGGCGAUUUGGUCAGAGUCCGGAGAAUCCGGGAGAACAGUUUUGUGCUUCUGGCAGAGUACGAUAUUCUGGCAUCACCUGGAGACUAAAAUACUGGCAAUGUAUGCAAAGGUACAAUUUCAGGUCCAUAAACAUUUAUAGAACCGUUUAUAAAGCUAAAAACA